AUGUCUCCCAACGUCGAGGCCGAAGCGCCUCACAACAACUUCGACACCAUACUCGUUCUCGACUUUGGCUCUCAAACGAGCCAUCUUAUCUUGCGUCGGCUUCGGGCUCUCGGCGUCUUCGCUGAGCUGCUUCCGUGUACCACCAAGAUCUCUGAUCUGGCAUGGAAGCCCAAAGGAAUUGUGUUCUCUGGAGGCCCUUCUUCUGUCUACGACGAGGGCGCGCCCCGUAAGGUUUCCGUCUCCCGAACCUAUGGUUGCCAAGAGAUCGCAUGGCGGAUUGACUCAACGAAUGUUGCCCGCGGAGAGGCACGAGAGUAUGGCCACGCCGACGUCAACAUCGCCAAGGUUAAUAGUCAUGUCGACCGGCUCUUCGCUGGUUUGGGGGAUAGUAUUCCUGCGUUCAUGUCCCACUUCGACAAGCUAGUUAGCCUGCCUACGGGCUUUGUGGUCAUUGCUGCUACCAAGAACUCAGAGUACGCCGGCAUCGCCCAUGAGGAGAAGCCCAUCUUUGGCGUCCAGUUCCAUCCUGAGCUCGAACACACACCCCGCGGCAGCGAGCUCCUCCGAAACUUCAGCGUUGAUAUCUGCGGAGCUCAACCAAAUUGGAAAAUGGGCGAUUUCGUCCAGCUCGAGAUCGCUCGCAUCCGGGAUCUCGUUGGUGACCGAGCACUCGUCCUUGGGGCUUGUAGCGGUGGUGUGGAUAGCACUGUAGGAGCGGCCCUAAUGCGUGAAGCCAUCGGGGACCGCUUUAAAGCCAUCCUCAUCGACAAUGGAUGUAUGCGUCUCAACGAGUGCGAGGAGGUCAAGGAGACGCUUGGAAAACACCUUGGCAUUAAUCUCACAGUUGUCGAGGCUGGCGAGCUGUUCUUGAGUCGUCUUGCGGGUGUUUCUGAUCCCGAAAAGAAGCGGAAGAUUAUUGGGUCGACUUUCAUCGAUCUGUUCGAGAAAGAGGCUAUCAGGAUCGAGAAAGAAGCAGAGAACACCCCCAACUCCGGGAAGGUGGAAUGGUUUUUGCAGGGGACACUGUACCCUGACGUUAUCGAGUCUUUGAGCUUCCGAGGCCCUUCGGCCACUAUCAAGAGUAAGCGAGUCAACGAAGUCCCGGGAGUAGAAGACUGCCCCACGAAGUCGUGCAAAAGAAGAAGCGGACAAAAGCUGACAUUAGAGACAGCUCACCACAACGUAGGCGGUUUGCCUGAGCGGAUGAUGAACGGCCAAGGCUUGCGUCUCAUAGAGCCGCUUAGGCUUUUAUUCAAAGAUGAAGUGAGGGCAAUUGGUAAGCAGCUCGGCAUACACGAGUCGCUAGUAAAUCGCCAUCCCUUUCCCGGGCCUGGCAUUGCCAUUCGCAUCCUCGGCGACGUUACCAAGGAGCGAGUAGAUAUCGCCCGCAAGGCCGACCACAUCUUCAUCACCAUGAUCAAGGAGGCUGGCCUUUACGACCAGAUAUCUCAAGCCUUUGCUGGUCUCGAUACUAGCCGUACUGUUGGUGUUUUUGGUGAUAAGCGAGUUUGGGGUUACAUCGUGAUUCUCCGCGCUGUUCGUACCAAAGAUUUCAUGAGCGCGGAGGUGUUUAGCUUCGACAACUCCUUCCUCAUGAAUGUUGCGCGCACCAUUUGCAAUGAGGUAGAGGGUGUGUCCCGUGUUGUCUAUGAUUUUACCUCAAAGCCCCCCGGCACUAUUGAGCUGGAAUAG